GCUGGUGGGGAGGAGCGGUCCUCUCAAAACGUGUACACAGCUGAUCGUGACGUCACUAGACAACAUGGCGGACUGGAAUCGAGGUCACGACUCUGUGGACGACAUGCUGGACACUGAAAACAAACGCCUGGCGGAGAACCUGGCCGCCAAAGUCUCCCGAUUGAAGUCGCUGGCGUACGACAUCGACAGAGAGGCUGACGAUCAGAACGAGUAUCUGGACGGCAUGGACUCGAACUUCCUGAGUGCGACGGGCCUGCUGAGCGGCAGCGUGAAGCGUUUCUCCACCAUGGUGCGAUCCGGCAAAGACAACCGCCGCAUCCUCUGCUACGUGUCCGUGGGCCUGGUCCUGGCCUUCUUCCUGCUCUACUACAUGGUCUCCAGGAUUCAACGCUGACGGGGAUACAAAUAUAAACAAUCAGCCAGCAGCUGGUGCCGAUGUGGAACUGACCAACAGGGUGGGUGUCAGGGGUGGGGGGGAGAUGGAGAAGUUUAUAAUUUAAAAAAAACAUGCCCGCACCAUCUGCCGCAGCCAGGAUGUCCUUAUACGGGCAAAGAGGAGGUGGAGCCUGAACGCAUCUCGAGUGGGAGAAGAACCAACCACAGCUGAGAAGCUGUGUCUCAGUUCCAGACUCACGCGGUCGGUGGAAGCGUUUUUUAAAGUUGAAGCUAGUUCACACGGCAAAAGUGACAGACUACAAAAACAAAUGCACAAAGUAGGAAAAUGAAAGUCAUAAAAUAUUUUUAUAUUUGGUGGUUAUUGGGUUUGCUGUCGGUACAAAACAGAAAAAGACAAGUUGUAUCCAACCGGCGAAUAACGUAAACAAAAAUGUGUGGAACUGAGACGCAGCAGCUGUUGAGAGCAGGAAGUGACGCUGCCAUCCGGAGACGAGGCGACACGCAACCAUUAACAUGCGGAAACAAAAUGAUUAUAUGUAAAUAAAAAAUAAAAUGUCAUGAAAGUUU